AAAUUUAUGUAUAAAUAUAACCCGACCCGUUUUUCUCGCUCCUUGCUCUCUCUCUCUCUCUCUCUCUCUCUCUCUCUUUCUGUUUUUAAAUUAAAACGCAAGAAAAGAAAAGAAAAGAAAGAAGAAAAGAGUAGCUCACUCCAAGUCAUCUCCUGCUCUCCUUUUAUCUCCCUUCAACUCCACCCUUUCCAAAACAGCCAUUAAAAUUCCCACAAACCCCACAGCUCCAGCCCCCAAAACAGUCGGAAGAACGUUCCAGAACUCAGGGUCAUUAUCGUCAUUUCGCAACCACACUCCUCCGCCCUCCGCCACUCGGUUUGGACGGUCCGAGAGUCCGACAGACCCGACCCGAAAUGGAGAGGAGCACGCCGGUGAGGAAGCCCCACACGUCCACCGCGGAUCUGCUCACCUGGUCAGAGACUCCCCCUACUGACUCUCCUCUGCCCUCCUCCGCCUCUCGCUCUGCUACUCGCUCUCACCAGCCGUCGGAUGGGAUCAGAAAGGUGGUGUUUGGAGGUCAGGUGACGGACGAGGAGGUCGAGAGCUUGAACAAACGCAAACCUUGUUCAGGGUAUAAGAUGAAGGAGAUGACUGGGAGUGGCAUUUUUGCACCGAAGGCAGAAAAUGAUGCCUCAGAAUCUGAUGGUGCCAACCUUACCCCAAAACCCGCAAUUCGUAUGUACCAGCAAGCGGUUGCUGGAAUCAGUCAUAUCUCAUUUGGUGAUGAAGAGGGUGUUUCUCCCAAAAAGCCUACAACCAUUCCCGAAGUUGCAAAGCAGCGUGAGCUAAGUGGGACCUUGGAAAGUGAAGCAGAGAAAGAGGCAAGGCUGAAGAAGCAGCUCUCUGACUCUAAAUUCAAGGAGCUUAGUGGGCAUGACAUAUUUGCACCCCCUCCUGAAAUUUUGCCCAGGACAACUACUGCUCCACGUGCAUUGGCCUUGAAAGGAAGCAUAGAGAUAGGAGAACCUGCUUCCCCCAAUGGUCACACAUCUGUUAAGGUUUCUAAUCCUGGUGGGGGUCAGAGCAAUAUAGCAUCCAGUGAGGAACCUGCGUCCAAGACAGCUAAGAAGAUUUAUGAGAAGAAAUUUUCUGAGCUCUCAGGAAAUGAUAUAUUCAAGGGUGAUGUUCCUCCGUCGUCAGCUGAAAAACCACUGAGUAAUGCAAAACUACGAGAGAUGAGUGGCAGCAACAUCUUUGCUGAUGGGAAGGCAGAGGCUCGAGACUACUUAGGUGGUGUACGCAAACCCCCAGGUGGAGAGAGUAGCAUUGCCUUGGUUUAACAUGUUAGGUCUAACUGGGUUAUUUUAUUUCAUCACAUGGUGUCUGGUUUUGUUCGUUAUUCUCCUAGUGCCGGAGGAUGUGCUAUUAUAUUAUUUGACCUUUUUAUUGUGGGUUUUGGGAAUUAUGUUUUAGGUUAUAACGGGAUCGGCCAGAGCUGUGGACUAUCUGCUAAUUGGGUUGUGUAUGUCCAUAUUUUUGUGUUCUUUCAGUGUUUGUCUUAAUGAAGUGCUUGGCUGUUUCAAUGGGUUUAAUUUAUGAAUUAGCUUUACAUU